CAGCCGACUUCCGCUGACUCUUCACUUGAGACAUCGAAAACAGAAAAAUCAACACCCACAAGACCACCACUCACCAACGGAUCGAGUAGCUUGAACUCCCAGAUGGCAUCGACUGGCCUCAGGACGCUCUACCGAUUGGCAUCGAAGCCCUUAGCUCUCCGACCGGUUUUAUGUAGCUAUCGUGGAUUACCCGUAUCGAGUGGAGAAAGACGAUGGUCGACUAGUGAGGCUCAAGAAAAGCCAAUUGGAACAGACCCGCUCAACCCAUCGAAAGAAUUCAGAAAAUUAACCAACCAUUCGAAUGACCCACAUUCCUCAAACGAAACUUACAAAUUCAAUAUUCCUGAUCGGGUUUGGAAAGCGCCCGUCGCUACCGAAGACAAGCCCUUGAAGUACACCAUCGGUAGAACCACACCCUACAACACCCUCCCGGUCUACUCAGUCAUGAAACCUGGCUUGGGACAAAUCUGGACUCUAAUCAAACGAAUCGAUGGUGACUUAUAUAAAUUGAAAGAAGAUUUGAUCUUGGAUUUCCCUGAAUCCCAACCAAUUCUAAAGCUGCACGUAAAGCAGGUCUUAUGUAGAGGUCACAUCACCAAAGAAGUUAAACUCUGGUUACAAGACAGAGGCUUUUAAAUCAUUCAUCUUUGUUUCUAUUUAUUUUUUUGCCCACGACUCAAACAAUUUCUCACAUUCUCUGUGUCAUGUACGACUUAUCUACCCGGCUCCUCUAAUCUUUGCUUCAAGGAAAGAAAGACGUAUUUACUCUAGAAAUUACCAGAUUCUUGGGUUUCAGGGGCAAGCUCGUCGAUCAAGAAAUGAUUACCCAGACCCCGGUAUCAAUCUGGAGAAACAAUGCCACAGCAAGCCUCAGUUAGUGAACCAGAGA